AUAAACGUAAAAUUGGCAUUGGUAAAAGGAAAUAGUUAGCUAGGUCAGACGGCAGAGCAUGAAGAUAACACCCUUUUUGUUCUUAUCUGCUUUUAUAUGCAUACUAUAUUCAACUGUUGAUGGUCAGCAAAGUCUUGCUUCAUCAUGUUGCGCUGCUACUCUAAGAUCGAGCGAAAAUAGAGCAUUACUAGAUACAAGCUAUCCUCUAGUAGUUGCUCCUGUUCAAUCAUUAAUAGUUACAUCAAUUAAGAUCCAAUUGUGCUCUCAAAGCCCAGUUUACGUACAAUUAUGGAGGAAGAAUACAUCGUCUACAGAGGAAUAUUAUAUUCUCGAUUGGCAAAGAAAGUUUCAAAAUAAUCAUACUAGUGGUUAUGCCGAGACACAUGAUAUACCUUCCCAGUUGCAACCAACAAUAACCCCCAAUCAUUAUUUGGGCCUUUAUACACCCGGUAGUCAAAAGAUACCAGUUAAGUACAUAAUGAAAGAGAACGGACCACAUUUGGUUUGGAGAGGAAAUGCUGCUGCCCCAGUUGCUGGAUACAAAACAAACAGAUCAUACUUGUUUGAUAACUUAAACUUUCCUAUCACAUUUAGUGCAGGAAUAAUGUUUUGCUCUAAUAAUAACUGCCCUAAUUUGGGAGCUGACGAACCACCAACUGUAAGGGUUAUUGCAGGACCUCCCGGUCCUCCUGGCCCGCCUGGUAAUAAUCUAGACAACGACGUUUGCCAAAAAGGCUUUAAGUGUGAGGUUAACGGUGAUUUGAAGAGAGAAUUUGAAAGAAUAAACUCAUUGUACGUCAAAUUAGCACAAGUUGUAAAUGAUAUUUAUUCUCAAGUUAGAAGUAUUGCUAAUCAGGAAAACGGUCAAGGAGUGUGUCCCGCUGGUUUUUUCCCAGGUUCGAGGACAGUUCCAUCUUGUUAUCAUAUCGUUAGACAAGCAAAAACGUUUGGCUCGGCUAUACUUAAUUGUGCAAGUUUAGGUGCCCGUUUGAUUGCGCUAAAUACUGCAAAAGAGGAUUCUUUCAUCGCAAACAAAAUUAAGGAUUUAGAUCCAUCGCAAACUCAAAAAUAUUGGACGUCUGCUAUGUUCAAUAUUCCAAGGAACUUUUGGGUUUGGUACGACGAGGAUACAACAAAUCCAAAUGAAAUAGUUCAUGAGAAUUGGGGACCGAACGAACCACCAAAUUUCAGAUCUACAAGAUCAUUUUCAAGAUUAUGUAUGAAAAUUGUUACAAAACCAGAUACUAGUUUUUGGGAAUCAGCAGAUUGUUCAGAUAGGGCAUACUCUAUAUGCGAAACAGAAAAAAUUUGCAGUUAAUCAAUUAUACUUAUGCUGUAUAAGUAUUUGUAGAAAAAAAAUAAUCCUCAUACCCUGUAGAUGUGGUUCUUUAUUUUUAUUAUAGCCAAACUUCUUAUCUGAGUAAGGAAAGAAUUUUUUCUUAAGUACCUUUUUUUUUAUUCUUGUUAUUAUUAGUAUUAACACCAAAAUAAAAAUAGGAUCAUUUCUCUUAUGUGUGCCAUUUUUAUGUUUUCACUUUACAAAACUUAUAGUCAUAAUCAAAAACAAAACUCUGCAUUGGGUACUGUCUUAAUUAUUAUUAUUAUUAUUAUUUCUCUUGUUUGUCAUUGUUACAAAGAAGAAGAAAAGGCCAUCAUUUUUAUAUUUGCACCCUGCAUAUCAACAAUAUAAAAUACAAACCGUCAAAGUUUCUUUACAUAAUAGGAUCAGUUAAAGUUUUAUUGUGAAAGUGAAUGUUUUAUAUGUAUCUUAUUAUUAAUAAACGAAUGGGAGUAAGUCAUCUAAAAACAAAUGUAGAAUGUUAAUGUAAAGAACAAUCUAUAGGAGUACAAACAUUUGUUAUCACAGACUUACGUAUUUUUACAACCUGAUCACAACAAUUAUUGACAAAAAUAAACUUUAUAAUUGAAUUUUCUCGUUUUUAAUUUAUUAUUUGUUUUUUUUUUAUAAAAAAAAAUAAGGAAAUACUAAAAACGUGGUAAGCACUCCAAUAUUCCAUAGUUGAUAACAAUUCACCUUUAGUUGUGUUUAUUGUCAAAUUUUUUUAUUAAAAAGUAUAUAAAGAUAGUAAGCUAUAGCAG